AUGGGGCGCAUGUACGGUCGGGGGAAGGGCAUGUCGGCCAGCGCGCUACCAUGGAGGAGACGGCCCCCCACGUGGUUGAAGAUGAAAGCUUCGGAUGUCGAAGAACACAUCACGAAGCUGGCCAAAAAAGGACAGACCCCUUCUCAAAUAGGCGUGACGUUAAGGGACUCAUUUGGAAUUCCGCAGGUGAAGUCAGUCACCACAAACAAAAUUCUCCGCAUCCUCAAAAUGCAAGGCCUUGCACCAGAGUUGCCAGAAGACUUGUACUAUUUGAUCAAGAAAGCGGUGAGCGUCCGAAAACACUUGGAGCGCAACAGAAAGGAUAAAGACGCUAAAUUUCGUUUAAUACUGGUUGAAUCUCGUAUACAUCGCCUAGCUCGGUACUACAAGCGCACCAAGCAACUGCCGGCCUCGUGGAAGUACCAGGCCUCCACUGCGUCUGCGAUGGUCGCGUGA